GACGGAAUAUCCCGGCGUCAGAUCCCAAGGGGCCGCGAGUGUGCGCGCGUCUGCUCCGUGUUCGGUAGUUCCACCGUUUAUCCGUGGCAUCGUUUGCCAGUCCGUUCUCGUCUCAUUUACUCGCGUACCGUUUCAUCCGAUCGGUGAGCUUGUUGCGAUAUUUUCUUCGUUAUAUUUAAACUACUCGUUCCUAAUCGUAGUCGUUCUCGACUACGUUUAGUUGCUACGAUGCGGAACAACGUCGAUGGCAAGUUCCCUGUGUAGUCGCGAAAUCGGUACUAGUCACAAUCUGUCUUUGUCACGUUCGUGGAGUUUUGCGAACGCACCCGCUUACCUUGCGUCCUGUUCCUUUUCCCUGGCUUCUGCCCCUCAAUCCCGGCUACGAAUCUUCUCUUUCCCAUCUCUCCCCUCCACUCAUCUGUCCUUCCUUCCUUCCUUCCUUCAUUCCUUCCUUCCUUCCUUCCUUCCUUCUUUCCUUCCUUCCUUCCUUAGAGCAUAGUCCUUUUUGGUAACGCAGAGUGCGCGCAUUACUGCUGCACUACACACAAUACUGGGUAACACGUAGAGGAAGUGUACGCGUGCGCUCUCUUCUCUCGUAAACUUUCCACCUUUUUUUUCUGCACUGUGUAGUGUGUUGUGUAUCGGCUGCGAGACGACUUGGACGUUUGCGAUAGAAAGCUCGCGCGCAUGUCAGCCAUAAGCGUGCCGCGUGUGUUUCUUUUACUUUAGUGACAGAACAAAUUUACGACGUCAACCGAGGAACAUCCACUAUCUGCUGAGACGACAUCGAUCGAAUUUAUCUCCCAUCGGAAAUUGGAAUUGGUUGGUAUUGUGAAUUUUUGUGUAAGAGCAACGAACAUUUCGUUGCAUUAUACAAUAGUAUCAACUAAAGGCAUGAACACGUAUUCGCGUUGUUUUGAUUACAGUGUUUCUUCGCGGUGUCGGUGAGACGUACUUCGAACUCUGUUACUUUUCACCGGUAACGUGACACUUACCGACGGAGCCGAUAUUAAUUUGUUUGUUUCGCGUCACGUGCGAUUGGUGUGUAUCGAGGAUAAAAAUUAUACUCGCGAUCGUGCGCGCUGAUCGUUUCACGCCGUGAUUUCGUUUCUUUCGUAAACGGUGAUAUACGUGAGCGAACCAUCGGUUCCUCCUUUUUUAUUCGCAUUUUGGCAGCGUGUUCUGCUGCGGCCGUGUCACUCGUGUCGUGGGCGACCGCGUUGCGGUAAAACAGUCAAAAUUCGGGUGAAGAACAGAGAACCGUUGCCAUCCUACGCGAUGGAAAUGAGCGACGAGUAUCAGGACAUGGGAAACCCUGGUGGAGGGGUGGCGAUGGUCAACAUACCUAUUACCCAUCAUCAACAUUCGUCUGAUAGUCCAUUGUCGCAUCAGGAGGAGGAUUUGUCGGAUCCAGACCUUCAAGACGAAGAGAGCGGCGAAGAAUUACCUCAACAACCACUUCAGGGUAACACGCACUCAUCGUCGGAUAAUGCAUCCGCACAGGCUAGUACACCUACUCCAUUAACACACUUGAGCAGCCUGAUGGGUGCACACCAUCCGCACUUUCUGGCGAAGCUGAAAAUGGAGGCAGCCGAUGUGGAUGCAUUAACCAACAAAAGUGGACUAGAAGCCUUGCAAGUUGCUAUGAGUGGAGCGGGAUUCAAUCUACCAUUUUCAUUCCCACCACCUGCAGCGUUCCUAACGCCACAGCACCAUGUACAAAACAGUCAUCCACAAGCGGGUAGUGCUAUGGUGAACAGCAUUGGAAAUCAAAUUACAUCAUCGGCCAGUUCGCAUUCCAGCGAAUCAUCACAGGGUAGCGGUAGAAACGGUGGAGAGCCACGUGAAACCAACAAUCAUUCGCAGAAUAACUCGACCGGCACGAAUCACCAGCAACAGACCAGCUGGAGCUUCGAAGAGCAGUUCAAACAGGUGCGUCAGCUCUAUGAGAUUAACGACGAUCCGAAAAGAAAAGAGUUUCUGGAUGACCUCUUCAGCUAUAUGCAGAAACGGGGAACACCUAUCAACCGACUACCAAUAAUGGCCAAAUCGGUGCUCGAUCUGUAUGAGCUGUAUAAUUUAGUGAUUGCUCGUGGCGGACUCGUAGACGUAAUCAACAAGAAGCUCUGGCAGGAAAUCAUCAAAGGUCUCCACCUGCCAUCAAGUAUCACUUCCGCCGCGUUUACUCUACGCACCCAGUACAUGAAAUACCUGUAUCCGUACGAGUGCGAGAAGAGACGCCUAUCAACACCGGCGGAAUUGCAAGCGGCUAUCGAUGGGAAUCGUCGGGAGGGACGCCGAAGCAGUUACGGGACAUACGCGACGAGCAGCAGCACGACGAGCGAAAGUCUCGUGCAGAGGAACCCCCACACACCCAACUCGCUCGCGUUGCACGCGCAAAUGUCACCGUUAUCGUUGGUGACAGCGGUAGCGGCUGGUGGUCAACACCAUGGACCGCAAUCGCUGGUGAAUGGGAGCGCCGCGCAUACACCCUUACCCCACCAUCCACAUCAUCCGCAACACACUCAGGGAAUAGCAGGCCAAUCCAAUGCAGAACUGCAGUUUCUCUUCCCCUCGAUACUCUUUCCAGGACCUAUUCCUGGGAUGGCACCAUCCGAGUUCGAAGCACGCAUGGUCGAAUACGUGAAGCUGUUAAACAAAGAACUUAGAAGUGCUGGGGGUGGUACACCGCCGCCCGUAAUUCAUCGACAAGGUAGCGCUUCACCUCCACCUUCGACACCACCGAGGGAUGGCGCGUUCAGUGCUCUGGAAAUGUCCCGGCUGACCUUGUGGAAUAUGUACAACAACAAUACUCUAUAUCCAGGAAUGGCUCAUCAAUCGCCCAUGUCGCCACAGACCCCACACUCACCGGUACCUGCACCUCCCAGCCCUGAACCUCAAAGGGAAGCUCUUGACCUUGGACUCAGAAUUUUUCUUAGGUCAUCACCCAUAUGCUUAUCACCAGUAAGACAAAGCUCACCCUCUUCGGGUGGUAGCAUGCAAAUAAAGAAAGAUCAAGAUUUAACCAAUACACCUGGGCCCCCGCCAGCAAAAAGAUUACUCUCCCAAGACGAUAGUCCGAUGGAGAAAAGUGCAACGGUCGCUACCGGCACGCACAUUAAAAUUUCCAAUCGAGGUGAUGGAAGAAACGGUGAUAAUUCCUUAGUAGUCAGUAUGGAGCUAAAUGGAGUGAUGUAUCAAGGUGUUUUGUUCGCUCAAAAUGACAGUACGACCACGAACGAUACAUCAACAUGCGGCAGCAACAAUUCGAAACCGUCUCGAAGUGUGGUUUUGUGAAUGCGCAGCGAUCGAGGAACCAUCAGCCUAUCACGUUGUCCUCGUACUUGAUGAUUAUCUACAUAUAACAAAAAUAGUAACUAUCUCGUUAACGAACGAAGCAGUCUGCCAUGAUGGAACUUGAUUUUCCUUUGACGACUAUAAUUUACAUCCGCCAACUCAAAUUGUCCUUUACUUGUAUCAUGCGCGAAUAGCUGCUAGGUUCCUAGAAAUUGUAUAAAUAUAUAUGAUAUGUGAGUUUAAUCGUAAUGACGAUAGGCUGUUUGGGUGAUGAUGUUGCAAGUGAUUAUAGUGUGGUAAUGUAUGUAUGAUUUGCGUGCAAUGAAAAGAUAAUAUCUUUUUAAUUAUGUAUUUCUGUAUUUUGCGGUUUCUUUCAUUCGAUGGAAACCUUCUCGGCGCAAUGUCGGUCGCAGAUCUCGCAUUGUCUUUCCUUUCGUUCAACCUUAAUAAUAUAAUUAAAAAACGAAAUAAAAAAAUAGACAAAAUAGUACAUAUUUGUAAGGGUGAACUAGAACGGAAAAUAUCCUCGAAGAAGGACGCGUGUUAAUUUCUGAUAGAACUUUCUCUUCUUUCUUGUUAAGCAAAGAAGUUCUCCUUGCAAAAUUUGUUCCUUAAAGCUUAAUGCUCCCAGUUAAGAAUAUUUACGGAAUACUUUCUAUUUCACAAACUCUACAAAUAUAUAUUAUUUUUUCAUCGAAUCUCCUACAGAUAUUUUAUAAGCAUUUUAAACCAGCACGUGUACAUUUGUUUUUAUCAUGAUUAUCGAUACGAUAUCAUUGCAAAUGUAGGAUAUAGGUGUGUGUGUAUGUGUAUAUACAAAUAUAUAUAUAUACAUAUAUAUAUAUAUAUACAUGCGAUUACAUACAUAUAAAUAUAUACAUCUACGUAAAUGCGUGGGUAGACAAUUGUCCAUCUUGUCGCUCGUUUGUUAAGUGUACAUAAUCACUCGUAUAUUUUGCAUUCGUAUGGGAGAACCGGAGCAAGAAAAAGGAACAGAGUUCAAUGCGACAGUUUACAAGAAACAUAAAUAUUAUUAUUAUUUUAUUAUUAUAAUUAUUAUAACCGUAAUUAUUAUUAUUAUUAUUAUUAUUAUUAUUAUUAUUAUUAUUAUUAUUAUUAUUAUUAUCAUCAUCAUCAUCAUCAUCAUCGUCAUCAUCAUCAUAAUAUCAUCAUCGUUACUAUUAGAUAUAGAAUUUUUAUUUUCUUUCACUCUUUCUUUCUUUCUUUUUUUUUUUUCUUUUUUUUUCCCUUUCUUUAUUUCAGCCAGGUUCUUUGACAAAAAGGAAUCGGACAAUGAAAAUACGCGUUCGUUCGCUUUUCACUCCGAUUCUUUUACAUGAUUCUUUCGUGAAUGCUCUUCACGAAAUAGUACGAAGGGUAAAGCAGACCAUCGCUGCCCCUUUCUUUAUUUUUACUCUAUAUUUCUACUCUUUCGCGUCAUUUUCUUUAUUUUUACUCUAUAUUUCUACUCUUUCGCGUCAUUUUCUUUAUUUUUACUCUAUAUUUCUACUCUUUCGCGUCAUUUUCUUUAUUUUUACUCUAUAUUUCUACUCUUUCGCGUCAUUUUCUUUAUUUUAUACUAAGUGCGCAAAAGGUACGGACGUUUAAUAUAAUAGCAUUUAGCGGCGUAUCAUCCGAAUAUUUAAUCCGUCCGCGCCAUUUCGCACGUUUGCCAUUGUCUCACGCGUCGUUAAAUUUUCUAAAUCUCCCUUUUUUUUAACUAUGGAUAAGGAUGUUUCUCGAUGUAUACUAGGGCCAGUUAGAUAACAAUACCGCAGUCAAGUAACUAUAAAACACUGAACACCCACGAAUCGAUCUAUAAAUAUAUAAAUAUAGCAAUGUUUACUUUACAUAAUGCUUAGUACGUAACGCGCUGAAUAAAAAUCAUACAGGAUUGAAACGUAUAUCCUUUAUAGAAGACAAGUGUAUUCGCAACGCAAUCAGAACGAAAAUAAAACCAUCCGUAGUCAUAGUUGUUAAGAUAAAGACGUAGCGGAGGUAAGAUAUUAGAGAAUAAUCCGCGCAACAAUAAUACAAAAAGCAUAGGAUAGAUCAGGAGAGAGAUUUUGCGAAUGAUUCACUAAUGAUGAUGUCUAAAGCGAUAGCCGAAAGCGAUAUAACAAUGGCUAGCUCGACGAUCUAAGAAUCUGCGUAUUAAUAAUAAUGCAGGUGAGAGAAUUAAAUUGUUUUAUUGUUUAUAGUUUGAAUAUUAGCCAAAAAGACUGUUAAUAGAAAAAAUAUUAUAUAGGAUAGAAAUAAUUUCUUAUUGCGAUCAUUAAGAGCGAUAUUAUCGUAAUCGUCAAUAUUAAUAUUAUGACUAUAUAACUAUUAUUCCUAUUAUUACUAUUAGUAUUAUUCAGAUAUUUACUACUAUCAUCUUGUUACGACGUGAUAGCAAAUAACGGUUCUAAUAAAAGGACAAAAAAAAAAAAAAAAA